AUCGCACAUAAACGCAGCCAUAUUGUCCAUCGAAUUGGCUGAUUCACUAUUUAAUUGAGUUUUGUUUUUUCUCGUUUCAUGCGAAAGGGCAAUCCUUCUUUCGAAGGUACAACGGUUAGGGCGAAAUAGCACCGGUUAGGGCGACCGUAGGAAAUUGGGUGGCAGGUAAUCUUGUGACACGUCCCAAUGGCUUGCAGCGCACUCUCUGAGCCAGCCUAGAAAGACUGUACAUUGGGGGGACGGACACAGAGCGGGUUUUCGGUGUUUUCUACUGCAUUUCCACUUCCAUCUUCUAAUCUUCCCGGCGAUGGUCUUUGCAGAACAUACGUUGAAGAUGGUGUUGCUCUUUCAACUCUUCUUUAUCCGUGCACUUAGUCGAACAGGCGCAGGUCAAGAAUCUGUUGUGUAUUUAAAACUUUACGAAACGGGCCCAGAGUUCUUCCAAGCCUCCUCUCACUCUGCUCUUCCCAUUGCUGUUUCCGUGGGUGCUGAAAACCUCAAUGAGGUCUCCAGUAGUGUUGUAAUGGCUGAAAUGUGGCUCAGGACCCAUGUUUUGGCUCACUACCCGGCCACCAAAAUCACCACCAUUGUUGUGGGUGACACUGUACUUUGCAACAAAGGCCACGAACACGAGUUGGAUUUCAUCCUGCCAUCCCUCAAGAACGUUUAUCACUCUCUUAAAAGGUGGGGUUUGGAGAAUGAAAUCAAAGUCUCUUCUGCUUUCUCUUCCAACUGUUUGCACCCGUACUCUGCUUUUCACAGAGGUAAUUUCACGGAGAAGGUUAUCAAACCUCUGCUAGAGUUUCUGCAGAGUACCAACUCGACGUACUCGUUGAACCCACAUCCAAAUUUCUUACCUUUGUCAGAUGAAAGCGUGACCCUGGUGUCUUAUCACUUACAGUCAAUGCGAAAGCUUGGAUUUUUUGAGCUCAAGAAGAUCAAUGUGUUGGUCAGUAGUCCAAAAGAGAAAAAAUCCAUGCGCAGGAAGCUCGCGGUCACCGAAUCCGAGUUUGUAGAACCAUUUCCCGCGAGGCCAACCCCAUUACCAGAAAUUGCACAAUCCCCACUCCAAUCCUCUGUUGGCUUUUCUGUUCCUUCCAACGUAGCCAAAAACCCACAUCCUCCACUUUCUCAAAUAGCUUCACCGCCAUCGUUGUCGUUCCCCUUCGCUCCCGAGAUGCCUCCAGUCAUCGAUCCAGCGACUCCUCCUUUCGGUUUCACAUUUCCUCCUUGUAAUCCUGCUCCUUACAGUGCCCCCGCACCAGAGAUAGGAGUGGUCCAGAAGCUGUGGUGUGUGGCCAAGCCUAGUGUUCCUGCAGAAACACUGCAACAGGCAAUGGACUAUGCUUGUGGAAAAGGCGGUGCUGCUUGUGAGGAGAUCCAGCCCAAUGGGAACUGUUAUUAUCCUGAUACUGUUGUUGCACAUGCUUCUUAUGCCUUCAAUAGCUACUGGCAGAAGACCAAGAGGAGCGGAGGAACUUGUAGCUUCGGAGGAACUGCUAUGUUAAUCAAUGCUGACCCAAGUUUUCUUCACUGUCAGUUUGUUCUAAGCUAGAUACGGUAGAGGAAGAAUCAAGGGAGAUUAUUCUGUGUUUUGUUACAGUUUAUGUGGGGAUUUUGACUGUAAGGUAGUGACUUUGUUCUAGUUAGAUAAGGAGGGACUCGGGAGUUCUGUGUCGUUAAGACUAGUUAUGUGGUACCCUAUGCACAAAAAAGAAAAGAAAAGAGAGACUCUUAUGAUUUCUGUCCUGGAUAAUAUAGUACUGCUUAUGCUUUUAAUCGAAGAUAUUCUUUCUAAGUUUGUA